AUGUACAGGCAGGUGUUGGUGCAUCCGUCUCAAACUCCACUUCAAAGAAUCUUGUGGCGCGACGACCCUGCCGCAGACGUAGUAACCUACGAACUAGUCACCGUCACCUAUGGUACAACGCCGGCAUCAUUUCUCGUCACAAGAUCCUUGAAACAUCUGGCAGAGCAACAUUCAGCGAUCUACCCCGUCGGAGCGUCAUGCGUCCAGCGUGAUUUUUACGUCGACGACAUGCUCACAGGAGGUAACACUCUUCAAGAAGUAGAAACAAUACGCGACGAAACGAUACAGCUCCUGAGGCUAGGAUGUUUCGAACUUAGCAAGUGGGCUUCAAAUAACAAGGAAUUACUAACUCCUGUAACUAGUCAGGUCGAGGAGUCGGUCGUUAUUAACAAGGAAGCGAACGCUUGUAUUUUGGGCGUCCAAUGGAAUCCCACCUCCGACACCUUUCACUUCUCAUAUGAGCCUGACAAGGCUUACGAUACGGUCUCCAAGCGCGUAAUGCUGUCAGAAGUGUCAAAAUUGUUUGAUCCGUUGGGUCUCCUUGGACCAACCAUCGUGAUUGCCAAAUUAAUCCUUCAAGAUCUUUGGCGUUCAAAUGUCGAUUGGGAUGAGUCUGUCCCACAGGCCGUAUACACUCGUUGGUCCACAUUCAAAAACCAGCUGAUCGAAUUAAAUCAAUUGACAAUCCCCAGACGCGUGAAAUUUAGUGCAAACAAUAGGAUGAUACAAGUGCAUGGCUUCUGUGAUGCCAGUCAAUAUGCGUACGGAGCCUGCAUUUACGUCCGAACGAAACUCAAGAACGGUGACUAUCAAUGCGAGUUACUUGGCUCAAAAUCAAGGGUCGCCCCUCUGAAGACAAUUUCACUACCCCGGCUAGAGCUAUCAGCCGCCUUGCUACUGACCCGGCUGCUUGAAAGGGUCAGAGCGUCAAUCAACUUAACAAACGUCAAAAUAUAUCUUUGGUCAGAUUCGACCAUAGCCCUCAAUUGGAUCGCAUCAGCCUCCCGCAAAUUUUCGGUGUUUGUGUCAAACCGCAUAGGAGAAAUACAACGAGCGACUGAACCCGAGGAUUGGCGGCACGUGCCGUCGGCCCAGAAUCCCGCAGAUCUAUUGUCGCGAGGUUUAAACCCACGUGAAUUAGUCAACGCUACCACGUGGUGGAAGGGGCCAGCCUUCUUGCAACAGAGCGAGUGUCAAUGGCCUGUCAACAAGCUUCCACGUCUUGGAAACGACAUCCCGGAGCUUCAGAAAAUUUAUGUCAAUGUUGCCAUCGUAGAUGUCAGCAUAAUCAACGAAAUCCUCGACAAAUACUCGAAUUUGGACAAGGUUUGCCGCAUCAUAUCAUACUGCAUUAGGUUCGCCAGACGAUCAUCAAGGGCUACGACAUUGUUCAUCACUCAUGAAGAAAUGUCUUCUGCAUUGCAUCGCUUGUGUAAGAUCGUCCAACAGCAUUCCUUUCCAGACGAUUACAAAACCUUAAGCAAUGCUGAAGCCAUCAGUACAUCCAGCAAAAUUUUAUCGCUAACACCAUUCAUGGAUCACUCCGGAUUAAUUCGAGUAGGAGGUAGGUUGAGAAACUCAAAUUUACCACAUGACACCUGCCAUCCGAUUCUAUUACCUCGUGAUCACGAAUUGACGAAGCGUAUCAUCUCAAAGGAACAUGUACGCAGCAUGCACGCCGGCACUCAAGCCACCAUGGCCGCCGUCCGACAGCGUUUUUGGCCACUUUCACUACGGUCAACAACACGAAGAAUUGUCCUAAGAUGCGUCAGAUGCUUCCGAGUCAAGCCGGUGCUCUCUGAGGCCUUAAUGGGAUCCCUUCCCUCCAGUCGCGUCACUAUUUCGAGGCCGUUUGCACGGUGUGGUGUUGAUUAUGCCGGCCCCUUAAUCUUACGAGAAGGAAAGCGUCGAAACGCGCGUAAUCAUAAGGCAUACGUUGCCGUUUUUGUAUGUUUCACGGUCAAGGCCGUGCACUUAGAACUUGUCGGUGAUCUUACGUCGGAUGCGUUCUUAGCCGCGUUCAAGCGUUUCAUAUCGCGCAGGGGGAGACCCUCUCACGUAUGGUCCGAUAACGGAACCUCAUUUGUCGGCGCUAAAAACCAAUUAAAGGAUUUUUAUGGCUUACUUAAUGACGACACUGUUCAGGAUAAAGUUAAAACAUUUUCACGCGAUCAGCAAAUCUCGUGGAGCUUUAUACCUCCCAGUUCCCCGCAUCACGGAGGAUUGUGGGAGGCCGCGGUAAAGUCCGCUAAAUAUCAUAUGCAUAGAAUCAUAGGCAAGGCUCACUUGACAUAUGAAGAGAUGCAAACCACGUUGUGUGAAGUAGAAGCAAUUCUCAACUCGCGGCCCAUCACAGCGUUGAGCGCGGACCCAAACGACUUGGCGUAUUUGACCCCCGGUCAUUUUUUGAUUGGCACUCCGAUGAAUAGUUUCCCUACUCCCGAUUUAACCGACCUAAGCGAAAACCGCCUGGUACGUUGGCAGCGCGUAGAACAGCUAAGACAGCAUUUUUGGCGUCGGUGGAGCUUAGAGUACCUCCACUCCUUACAAACGCGUUCAAAGUGGAAGGCUACGAAGGGGAAUCAAUUGCAACGCGGUCAACUCGUGCUGGUCAAGCAGCAGGAUUUACAUCCUUUGAAUUGGUUAUUGGGUCGUGUUCAUGAAAUCCAUAUCGGAUCUGAUGGAAUCGUUCGCACGGCGGAUGUUAAAACUACGAAGGGACUUCUUACUAGACCUUUGACCAAACUUGCGAUAUUACCCGUAGAAACUACUGACGAUAGUCUUUAA